CUGCGUCCCUGGCUGGCGGCGAUGGCGGCGGCUGCGUCCCUGGCGCCGGAGGAGCUGCUGCCCGCGGGCGGCCCGGGCAAGGCCGAGGAGCUGGAGGACGAGCUGGAGGAGGAAGACGACGACGAGGAGCUGGACGAGACGCUGGCGGAGCGGCUGUGGGGGCUGACCGAGAUGUUCCCGGAGAGCGUCCGCUCGGCGGCCGGAGCCACUUUCGACCUGUCACUGACGGUCGCGCAGAAGAUGUACAGGUUCUCCAGGGCAGCUCUGUGGAUCGGGACCACCUCCUUCAUGAUUCUGGUUCUUCCCGUUGUCUUUGAAACUGAAAAACUGCAGAUGGAGCAGCAGCAGCAGCUGCAGCAGCGACAGAUACUCCUUGGACCCAACACAGGGCUCUCAGGGGGAAUGCCCGGGGCCCUGCCGCCUCUCUCUGGAAAGAUCUAAUCUGCAGAAGCUGCGUUGGAUUCGUGUUGUAUGGGAAGACCUUGAGAUCAUGAUAUACUGAACUGUUGAUUUGUUGGGUCAGGGCAUUUUGGGUUGUUUUUUCAUUUGUUUUUAUUUUCGGUUCUCCUUUGGGACAUUGACCUGUUCAUAAUGAGGGGAAGGGAAGCUCCCACCCCCUCUGGACCUGCUGACAGCUCCUGUCUGCAUCCUUCCCCCUCGCUGUAGAAGUCAUGAGUCUUUCCUUUUCUUCAAUCACUACACCAUAACCGGUUACAGACUUGAACUGGGGGAGUUCCUCUUCCAGCCUCCUCAUCUCCCACCUCGGAGCACAGGUCAGGCUUCUCAAUCCCUUCCUGGCUAACUAAGAGCCACAGGAUGUCAGGAGGAGUGACUUUCCCAACAGGCAAGCUAAAGGAAGGAGGAAUGGGGGCAGCUGUACCCCACAGCAACCAUGCUGGGAGGACAUCUCUGUCCUGCAGCUUCUUGUGUGUGACAUGUGGGAGCAGCAGGACAGGUUCAAGACCAUCACAUCCCUGCUGAUCCUCUGCCUCAUCAAGUAGAACAUCAGCUACCAGCUGCAUCUUUUUUUGUACCAAAUACGAAAUAAAUCCACCCUGUGCCGUGUGGUUUUAAUAGA